AUGGAUAGGAGACUUCAUUCAGCAGUGUGGGACAACAAAGUUGAUGAGGUGGAACGGAUUGUGAAUUCUGGCGCUUCGCCUGAUGCGUGUGAUAGUAAGGGAUGGCCUGUACUUGUUACAGCUUGUUAUGUUGGCUUCAUUUCCAUUGCACAAUUUCUAUUACAGAAAGGAGCAAAAGUUAACAAAGCAGCUCCUAAUGGUUGCACUGCUUUAAUGGGGGCAGCAUUUCAUGGUUAUGAUUCACUAAUUGUUAUGUUAUUAUCAGCUAAUGCUGAUGGUAAUCUGAAGGAUAAGUGGUAUGGACGGACAGCAUUGCAUUAUGCUGCACUCAACAAUCACUCCAAAGUUGUUUGUAUUCUGUUAGAGAAAGGAUGUGAUAUCAACAUAGAAGACCUUCACAGCUUUAGCUACUAG